AUGAAAGAAGAGAAAGAGAACACAAUACAGAUACUACUGAAUUUUCAGAAAAUGAAAGAGUUUUUAUCUCUGAAGACCUCAGAACGCGGCCUUUGUGCAAUGGACAGCGAUGUCUUAAAUGCGAGCAUAAUCAUUAAGUCCCAGAGCAUUCCAGAUGAAGAGCUAGACAGCAUCAAAGAAAUAGCCAAGCUGAGUUUUAUAUGCAACUGGUUCAUCAACGAGGCUGUAAUGGUAGGUGAAUGCAUUAGGUAUUUGAGUGAUCUUUCAAAAGAAAAAGAAAGCUCUAAAAACCUACAGUACAGCCUAAUCAAAAGUAUAAAACUGCUAAAUGUAGUCAAUAAAGCCCUUUCCGAAGAAGAGCUCACAAAGCUUGAAAUAGAAAUAACCGACAGCCUGGGCAGAGCAGUCAAUGAGUGGUACGGCAGCAUGUGUAAAAAAGACUUAAAGGAUGAACAAAGAAAACAGUGCAUAAAAGAUUGCAGAGACCUCCUAUACGUGUUCACGCACCACAUAAUCACACUUUACAUCCCAAACUUCUAUGAUCUUUCCGUUUAUCUAGUGUUUAGCUAUCUAACAAAGAAGCCUUCUUCUUUUUUCACUUUGGAAGAGCUGUACGCCAAGCAACUAGAUGGGAGCUAUUUAAUAGACGAGGGCAUGAAGUAUGUUGAAGAAAAUAAAGAAAAAAUAUUGGAGCUGUACAAGUUGCUCAAAGAUGAAUUAGAAAAAAAAGAAAGUGUGCAAUUAAUAAAGCAUGCUGCUUCACUAUCCAUGGACCCAGAUGAUAUCAAGCUGCUGUGCUCGAUUAACAUAUACAGAGAAAAUAUUUCGAUGGAGAUAGCCACAAGAGUCGAGGUAAUAGCGCUAUUCACGUCUUUUCUGUCUAUUGAAGGCCUGGUGAACUGGGAUCUAGUGCCUGCUCUGGCAACAAAAAAUGACUGCGGCCGUUUGGGAAUUCUUGGCUUCUGGAAAGAGGCUCAGUGCAACGGAGAAAGGUCCUUUGAUCUAUUCGCAAACAUAAAAAAGAUGGAAAAUAAGCUAAAGAGCGAUAUAAAUGUGUGCGCAUCCUUGUGUGACAACACCAGAUUCUUUGACUUAAACGCCAAAGAGCUUUGCAGAAGAAUAAAAAGCCAGAAAAAGAAAAACAAGAAAGUGGUUCUUCUGUGCGAGAGCUAUCUUGCAGGCGCCAUAAAAAACAGCCCAAACCAGAGAGAGUACUUUCUAGCGAAACUUCAGAAGCAUGCAAAUAUGCUGAUUAGCAACUCGUCGCAUGUCUUCGAUGGCAGGGCGGAAAAGUACCAAUAUUUAAGAGAUCUAAUGCUAUCAGUGGCUGCAUUAUACACUAUAUUCUUCCUAUUCGUAGGGAUAAGCGUCUGUUAUAUUGUUUCUACUGAUAUAGAUAUAGAUGUGAUGUGA